AUCCUUGCUGGGCUUAGAACCAUUUUCUCUAUUGAUUUCCUACUUUAUCUGGGCUUCCUUCAAGUCCUCUGCAAACCUUCAUCUCCUUGCAGAAAAGGGGAGAGAGAGAGAGAGAUUUGUAGGGAGACAGACUGAGCUGAGCUCGCUUUACCUUGGAAUUGAAUUGACAAAGCCUGAAGUAAAGGUAACUAUCAAGUUGCCUGCAUAGUACAUGGAGUAGUACAUAAUACCACCUUCUUUACCUUAGCAGCUUCCAGCCUACUAGUAGUUGAAGAGGGCUUUCAUAAAUUUCAAGACAACAACAGACUCUUUUUUUCAGCUGCAAGGAGGCAAAGAUAACUAAUAAAUAUGUUUCACCACAUGCCAGCCGUAUCUCCUUCUUCAUGGAAUCCAUCUUACAAGGUAUUUGCCCGUGUGUGUGUGCCGUGGUGUGUAAAACACCUCAAAUUUCAGCUCCAAGUUCAGAUAAUCUUAGGUUGAAGUUGCAGUUUGGCCUUGAAAGGCUUAAGAAAAGGGAGCUGACAAUUUCUGAGACUAUCUUCUGUGCCAGCCAGAGACCCAGACAAAAUCCCUCCAUCAGGAAAGAAAAACCAAUUCCUCAAAAUGUGGAUUUUCCACCCAUACUGCCUAAGAAAAAAAAGAAACCCUUUCCCAUUCCAUUCAAGAAGAUCCAGAAGGCUGCCAGGGAGGAUAAAAAACUUGCACAAAUGGGCAUUGAAAAGCCCCUUGAACCGCCGAAAAAUGGCCUACUUGUCCCAGACCUGAUUCCUCUUGCAUAUGAGGUACUGGAUGCCUGGAAAGUUUUGAUUAAAGGUGUUGCACAGCUCUUGCACACUAUUCCUGUAUAUGGUUGCAGUGAAUGCUCAGAAGUUCACGUGGCCCUGGAAGGUCACCAAAUUAAGGACUGUCUAGGUCCAACCAGUAGGGACCGUCACAGCCUCCAUUCAUGGGUCAGGGGUUCAAUCGAUGACAUACUAGUACCUAUUGAGUCUUACCAUCUCUAUGACCCUUUUGGUAGGCGAAUCAAGCACGAAACUCGGUUUGAGUAUGACAGGAUUCCAGCUGUUGUAGAACUCUGCAUCCAAGCUGGUGUGGACAUACCAGAGUAUCCUUCACGCAGAAGAAUGAAACCAAUCAGAAUGAUCGGUAAGAAAGUGAUCGAUAGAGGUGGAUUCCUUGAGGAGCCUAAGCCUUGGCGUCUAGGAAAUCCAUCUAGUCCUGUGGAUUUUGAUACUUACAGGGCCAAUGAACGAUUUCCACCUCCUUUAUCAGAAGAUAUACCAAGGAUCGCACAGGAGACUAUGGAUGCAUAUGAUUUUGUCAGAUCAGGUGUGAUGAAGUUAAUGAAGAAAUACACGGUGAAGGCAUGUGGGUAUUGCUCUGAGGUUCACGUGGGACCUUGGGGUCACAAUGCUAAAUUUUGUGGCGCAUUCAAGCAUCAAUGGAGGGAUGGAAAGCAUGGUUGGCAAGACGCAAUUGUUGACGAAGUUUUCCCUCCGAAUUGCGUGUGGCAUGUUAGAGAUCCAAGAGGGCCUCCAUUGAGGAGUGCACUGAAGAGGUUUUAUGGCAAGGCUCCAGCUGUGGUUGAGGUGUGCAUGCAAGCAGGUGCACAAGUCCCAGACCGAUACAAGCCCAUGAUGAGGCUUGAUAUUAUAGUUCCUGAAAGCGACGAGGCGAAAUUAGUUGCAUGAUAGGAGCUCUGAUGUUAAAGUGUCCAUUUUUAUGCAGAACAAUACCCCAAGGCCCAAGCUUGUAUAUUUGUUAGAUCAAUUUUCUUGGCAUGACUUGCAAAAGAAAAUGCAAUUAGAAUACUUCAUGGAUCGUUUGUCUAGGGAAGCAUCGGUUUCGUAUUAAUUUGUAUGCAUGAAUUUAAAUGUCUGAAUGCCAUUUACUUUUGGUCUAACGAAA